UUUUAAUUUCGAUAUUCUUUCACAUAUUCUUACAAAUAUUGCGCCCCUUCAGUCUUAUGAAGGCACUGACAAUACUGACAUGAGCUCUAAUAUACAUAUGUAUUUGACAUAUAUUGUAUAUUUCAUCGAGUCAUCGAUACGCUCAAUGUUUAUUCAAUAAAAUUCUGGGAUAGACCGCUUAUUGUCAUAACUUUCGUUCAAUUAUGGUGAAACUGACGACAGAUAUUAUAGAAAGAAAAUAUUCUCAAAUAUUGACUAGUAAAUCACUUAGUAAAACAAUAAAAAAGGAUGAGUUGAAGAAAUUAACUCAUUUACAUAUGAAUGACAUGUUCAUCAGCAGUAUUGGUGACCUCGAUAUUCAUAAAAGCUUGCAAGUCAUAUAUCUACAGAAUAAUAAUAUAUCAAAAAUAAAGAAUUUAGAUUUUGCGUGCAAUUUGACACAUUUAUAUUUACAACAUAAUCGUAUAACAAAAAUAGAAAAUUUGGGAUCUCUACAGAAUCUUCAAAAGCUUUAUCUAGGACACAAUAAUAUCAUUAUAAUUGAAGGAUUGGAAAAUACAAAACAAUUAAAAGAAUUGCAUAUUGAGAAACAAAAAAUACCAUUUGGUGAAUCAUUGUGCUUUGAACCACGCUGUGCUUCUGCCUUAUCUAUGUGUCUGAAAAUUCUUAAUAUUUCUGACAAUCAAAUUACAUCCCUCAAAAAUUUAAUAGGAUUUCAUGAAUUAAAUACAUUAGAAGCAAAAAAUAAUCUUUUGAAUGAUAUGGAUGAUUUAACUAAAACAAUAAGUACGUUAUCCUCUUUGAAAGAUUUGUCCUUGCAAGGCAAUCCUGUUACAUUAUCUUACAGAUACAGGGAGAAUCUGAUUGCUAACAGCAUUUUGUUAGUUAAUCUCGAUGGAAAAAUUGUAACUGAUACUUGUCGAAAUUUUAUGAAAAAAUUUAAAAUGGAGAAACAUAAUCGACAUGUAAAAAAGGCAAUUAAAACUCCAUUAGCAAACGAUAUAACAAGUUCUCUGAACUUACCACCAGCUUUCAAAAGAUCUAUAUCAAGAGCAAUUUUUCAAGAUCCUGGAUCACAAUUAUUUAUAAAGAUUACUCCUGAAUCGAUAGGAAGUCAACAAGUAUUCCCACCUUGGAAAUCAAUAAAAGAAAGACAGAAAUGAUUAUUUUUUUACUAUAUUAAUAACAUAUUUUUAUAUGUACUAUUAGCAUCAGAAAUAUGAAGAA